GAUUCAGAGGAGCUAGAACCUCAAGAUUGUACUUCGAAAAGCAGAAUAAUGCAUGUCCCUUUGGUGUUUCUUGUUUUUGUGUUAUACACAUUUAAAGAAACAUGUGAGGCUUCAGUAGCCGAGAAUUCUGGACUAGGAAAAGUGAUAGAUCUUCGAAAGGUCAACAUACUGGCCGACUUUCAGGAGCAAGAGAACAGGAUCUUUGAGGAGCUCCCCCCGAAAUGUCUCGUAAAGAAAACUUUGAAGUCUUCAAGCAGCCACUUCGAAUAUUAUGCAAAUACCAAGGAAUUUUAUAAAUCACUUGCCACCCAGUCAAGCUUGAGCGCCUCUUUACAGUCCGCCUACUCGUUGGGUGUUACUGUAUCAGUAGCAACAAAGAGCAAAAGUUCACAGAACACGGAAGUGAGUGGCAUGUCUUUAAUCAAGCAGGCGUUAACAGAAAAGAUCUAUGUCGAUAAAGAAUGUCUUCUGAAUGACAUCACCGACUUGAAGGAAACAUUUCUGAGUGACCUGGAGGACUUGCCCGUAAACAUCCAAAAUCCUUGGGAACCAAACUCAUGGAGAGAGUAUUAUGAUUUUCUUAAGGAAUACGGCUCUCAUGCCAUAACGUCUGUGAAGCGCGGAUCAAGAUUUCAGCAGAUGACAUUCGCAGAGAGCUCUAAGACCUACACUGAAAGAGAUUUCCAAGUAAAAGCUUGCAUUUCGGUCGCAGGACCUUCCCAGGUUGGAAAGGUUGGCGUUUCCGCAUGUUCAAACGUAAGCCAAAGUGAGAUAUCCAAAGCAAAAGAGAUGAAAACAAGCAAGAAACGCUUUGUCAUAGGUGGAAAAAGGGAAACAAAUAGCAAGCUGGCAAACGAAGCGACGUCGGUUGAAUUGCUUGGCCAACUCAUGAAUGAAGCAGAUGAAUUUCCAGCGUCUGUUCAGCACACCUUCAUGGCGAUCUGGACCAUCCUAAAGAGCCGAUUUAAACAGGGGUCUCCUAACAAUAUCCGAGCCACAAACCUGGAGUACUACUACCUUGGGUUCUUGAAUUAUGGUUGUCCAUACAUAAGUAACUCUGGACUUGCCGUACAAAAGUUUGACCAUACCAGUAGCUCCAGAGAUAGCUCCAAGUAUCCAGAAUUCGAGUGUACCCUGGCAAAAGAGGGCUGCCACAAUGAUGAUGACUGUCACUACAAACCCGUUUGGUGCUCCUGUCGUGGUCCAACAUGUGUCCAUUACAAGAAAGUCAAGCAAGGUGCAGGUGACUCUAAGGUAACUGCAUACCCAAACACAUCAGAAGAUUGGGGGUGGCAUGGUUGCGAUUGGAAAGUUGCGGGAUCUUGGUGCAAGUGCUAUAAUAAAAAUCGUGAUCAGCGGAGAACUGUGUGGCGCAUGCCAAACAGAGAUGCCGCUACACAUAAAGCAGCAACCAAAACCGCUGACCAAAAGGGCGGAAGAUUACUGUUUCGAAAGUACACCGCUGGACAACAGAAUUGAAAAACAAAAGAAACUUAAAUUUUGACGCACUUAGAUAACUUACGUAAUUACUGAAAUUUGGCACAUUUAAAGUUAGAACUAUGCGUGUGUCUCAUUGUGCUUGAAUAAAGGAUUGAAUGUGUCACUACA